UGACGCGCCGUUGGAGGUAAAUUCAAACGAAUGUUUGUGUUCGAAUUUGUGCACAUUUCAAGCACGAUUAUUUAUUUUGCGUAUGAACUGCUCUUCUAAUCGCCGAAACUGGUACUUCGUCUCAAAUGUGGACGAAUUAUGCCUGUGGUAACGAGAUCAUGUAGAAAACAAAAGGGAAGACCGAGGAUCGAAGACGCAACGCCAGCGACCUCUUGUAUCGAUCGUCGAAGGUAUCCGACACGUUCUUCUGUGAAACGAAAGAUACCUGUAACUCAACAAGACAAGGAUAAAAAUGAUUUAGAACCACCCUCUAAGGUAAGAGAUAGUGACUUUUAUGUUAUUCUCCAUAUCUGAAUGAAAAGAUCAUCUGUAAGAUGUGUAGUCUAGACCUGUUCAAUAGUUUUAACGGCCUACAGUUGAGAACUUAAAAUACUUUUUUAUAGCAAAAGGAAAUUGAUUAAAUCAAUUACUGUCAAAAACAAAUUCUUGAAAAACAUGUCAUGUACUUACUAGGAAUGCAUAUUUUUGAGAUGCAUUUUGUCGGCAGUAUAAUUUAACAUAACCGCUGCGAUCUUUGACAACCUGCGACUGAUGUAUGUUGGCGAAAGUAAAUUUUCAGCGCAUAAUUAUAUUAUAUCAAUUACUGAAAAAAAUUUUCAAGGAAAAAAUUUACCAUGAUAAUAAGAUCAGAAGUUGUCUUUGGAAUAUGAAUUCGCCAUAGCUAUUAUACGAAGCUAAAUUAACUAUAUUUGAGAUAAUGGCAGCAUGCGAGUCAAAAUUUCUCUUCGUUUGAAAUUUAAUUGUUACAGAAGGCCCCAAGCAACAGAUCUUCCAGAAAUGUUUCUAAAACUUCCAAGAAGUUACCAUUUCAAGAUAUCAGUAACACCUUAGACCAAGAUCAAGGUGGCGGUAGUAAGUCACAUGCACGCAAAGUUUCAAGAUGUGUGAGUCGCAAUAAUAACAAAAAAACAGCCAAGUCACAACCUAACAGAGAAGUUGUCAACAGCGAAAACCAUGCAGGAAAAGGAAGUCCCUCUUUAGAGAAAAACGAUGGUGUUCCUGAUGACAAUAUUGUGGACCCCAAAACACCUGCUGGUUGCAUUGCUGCAAGGAUCAAGAGUUACAGUGCCUUUCGUCGCAGUCAGAAGAAGAACAAAGUCAGAAGUGAUGUGGAUAAAGAGAAUGCAAGUUGCUCUCCAGUUGACCCAGCAGCAGUUACAUCUCUCCCAGAAGAAGUCAGUCCUAGUUCUAUAACAAUGGGUGAGGAAAAGGAAUCGGAAUUGAAUUCUGAUCCUGAGAGUGAUGAAGAUAUUCUCUGGAGAAUAAGCAGGAGUUGUAAUGUUCAGAAAGAGGAUUCCACGCCAGAUAGUAAGGUCAGCAAAAAAUAUUUAACGAUAAUCAAAUAAGGAUGAUAAUAAGGAUACUUAAAUGAUUUAACAGUGGACAAUCCAGGAGGUGGCUCUUCCUGUCCACUGUUUCCCGGUUGAAUUGGAAUUUGGAAUGUUGCUUUUUGUGGAGGGGGAAAAACUGGAGGACUCAGAGAAAAACCCUUGGAGCAGAGAUGAGAACCAACAACAAACUCAGCCCAUAUGUGAUGCCAGGUCUGGGAAUCAAACAAGUAUUAGGGCCUCUCAACAAAUCAUGCACUUGGUAGUGGUUAUGAUGAAUUAUACAAAAUACAUGUUAUACUUCUAUCAGGUUUUUUUGGAAUGUGAAAUUGUUUCUAAGGCUAAAUAUUGUUGUGGGAUGGGGAAAAGGCAGAGGGUUGAUUUUUAUACUUGUUUCCUGUUUAUUGCACUGCAAAAAUAUUUUCUGUUUAUUUCAGGUUAUACAUACUUCGGUAUGUUUUUUUUUCUGAAUCGAGCUUCAAAACACCAGCUAUCAGUAGCUUCAUUCCUUGUUUCUUUAUUUAUAAAUUUUUAGUCUGCUGAUCAGAGCUCUUACAAGGAAAAGUACUUCACUCUGCUAUCUGCAAUGAAGCAAAUACAGAACACAUUUCUCAGGGCUCAAAAAAAUGCAGAGAAGAAUGUAAAAGGUAUCUCCCAGAUAAUCAGCUCAUUAUUUUAUAUUUGUGUUUGGCACUUAUUUCUGUCUGUGUUAAAUUUUAUUUUGGAAUACAUAUACCAUACUGUUUUGAAAUCCAUUUUGGAUGGAUGCCCACCUUGAAUACAAAGUUUGUCUCAUCAAGAGUAAGCCUUGAUGUGUAAAUUGUGUGAUUAUUUAUUUUUGUUUGAGAAAACUUAAGUCUUGUAGAAGAAAAAUAUUUAGUGUGGUCAGGCUUUGGAGACAAGGAGGAAUGGUGUCAUCACAACUGUUGGUACUUUUAUAUCUAAUAGAAACACUUACAACAAGUUCCUUGCACUGGAUGGUUUAUACAACAGGAUUAAACUACAGCUUAAGGUUGAAGAUGUCCAUAUGACUUGUCUCUUCUGGUCAUAUAAUUAUAUUUUCAAUCCAUGAAAGAAGUCUCUUAUAUGUAAGAAUUUAUAUCCUCUCCUUUGUUUCAAUCCUUAUCAUACUACUAGCUGAAGUCCCCCAAAAAAGUUUAAAUUGUUUUAAUUUCCUUAUCUUUUUCUUAACCAGCAUAUGACAAUUUUGUGAGCAAUCUGAAAUCAACCCUCAGCACAGAACAACAGAAAAACUCUCUCCUGAGUGAAGAGCUAAGGAUGAAGAAGGGAUCUGUUGAGAGAUUACGCAGUGAGCUUGAAAAUACAAAAGAGCAGUUGAAAUUUAUGAGAGAAGAUAAAGGUAACUAAACAGAAAAAAAGUGAUGUUGUUUAGACUGUUUUUAGUGUAUUCUCAAGCACUUCUAGUUCUGCUAGGACCUUGCAUUGGCUUCUCACUUUUAUUAAGAGCUUUGUGUUGUUUUAAAGUUAGUAGCAAUUGCAGCUAUUUCUUGACAAAGGGUCGUGGCCGUACACAACAGAGGACAUCCCUUAAGUUAACCAUGCCCUUCAGAUUUCUUAAUUAAAGAUUUUCUGCCAUGAUUUGGUUUUUAAAUUUGUAAUUUUUGUUUUUAUGAAACGGACAAACAAACAAACAUAAAACAAAAAAGGCAAGUUGGCUUACUAAUGAAGGAAAAAGUUUUUCAAUCAACUUUUAUUUAAACAUUCUCCUUGAGUUAUUGCCUCAGGCAAACAAACUUGCAUGUGCAGCUGAUGCAAGCUUUUUUACUUAGUUGGCACAUUUGACAUUAAUAAGUGUGAAUUAAUUUCUUUACUUUUCAUGAAAAGCACUCUUAAUAAUGUACAUGUAACAUCAAAAAAUUCAUUUAGUUUUAACUGGCUUUGAUUAGGUAAUACACUAAAAUUUUGCAACAAAAACUCACAUUACAAUGUGUGCCUUACUUCGGUUGUUAAUUACUUUACUUAAUAUACAGCUGUAUACAAGAGUACAUAAUCACUACAUUCAGUAACAAAACAAAAGGUCUUUGCAAGCUUUCCUCGCUUGCCCCUCUAUUAACUGACUUGGUUUGGGUAGGAAGGGGGGAAAGUUACCCUGGAGCAGAAUCUGUGUUAUUAGUUAAAAUAAAAAGUUAGGAGUCGCGCAUAUCUACACAAUAUUAUACCAGUACUAAAUUGCAUGUUCCAGUCAGGCAGGUUUGGUUUGAUAUAAUAUCUUGACUAGUGCAUAGGCCGGAAUUAAAGAUCUCCAUUGUGGAUUGUUAAUAGCUAUAGAUCAAAUUUUAGUUAUCUUCCACUAUUUCGUUAAAGGCUUGCUCAGCUUGCUCAAACAGGUCUUGAAGCAUGUUUUGUAAACGGACCGCCUCGUUGAGAUCCCUCCUCAACUUUUUCAAAGUUUGUUGUGACAAAACAUAUGUUCCUGCGUUGGCCGCAGCAAGGCCAGUAAACACAGCAAUGCUUGUUAGUGCCAAGCCUCUAGUAAAGGAAGUAAGGUUGUUCCAGGUGUGGAAAAGUUGGAAACCUUGCGUCCCGGCUGUUACGAGAUUGACAACUCCAUCCACUGCGGCGUAAUCAGCCAUGAGGUCAACACGCUGUAUCUGGCCAUCAAUCUUAAUUCGUAGGUCGCUGAUUUUGGAAAGAGUUGAGUUGAAAUGUGUGUUGAUUCUUCCCAUUUUCAGGGGAAUACCGCGAUUUCUCGGAUCUCUUUCGCAAGUAUCCACGAGGUCUGUGACCAGCUGUUCCAUUCUUUGGAGCUUGCUGUUUAUCGUGCUAAACUCAUUAGGGCUGCUGUCGAUGAGAUUUGACGCGGUGGAGAUGGUCUUCCACGCCAUGUAGAGCUUCACGCAUUGAAAUACUGCGACGAAGGCUGAUCCAUAAACCAUAUCUGUGAUAACCUUGUUGCUCUCUUUCUUCUGGAAAUCUUUUAUUGCGUUUAGAAUCGCCUCUUUCGUUUUUUGAUGGUCAGUGAUUUUGUCUUCUGCAAUGCGCUCAUGCAGUUCUAGGAGAGAGAUACCGAGUUCAUUCCAGUAAUGCUCUAACAUUGCCUCUGUGGCGUUUUUCUUUUGAUAGUCGACAGCUCUAAGUAUGGCAUCUUUACCAUCUUCUGUUAUUCUUCCGAGCAUAGCUUCAAUGGUUUCAAUGUGCUCUCCCAAAGUGCAUAUCUCUCCGACAUUCGAAAGGGCUUGGCGAAAGGACCAUCCGCUCUGACAGAGAUCAAGAACGUACCCGAGGAUUUUACCCAUGUUUCCUUUGCGUUCUUCCUCUGGAAGUUCAUCCCGCAUCCUCUGUAUUGCAGCAGCAUCGUCCAUGUUCAGCGACUACGAGUAAUGUUGGAAAUGAACAAAUUUGGAAAAUCGCCUUCUUUGAUUUAUACGUUUCACAUGGGGAUUCCCCAAGAAAACGUGACGCAACACUCAAUAGUUAGUCACGAGAAGUAAUCAACUGCAGCCAACGAUACCUGUUCCUCUUUGCAAAUUCUACUGGUUCUUUUAAAGUAUAGAAGUGUUAUUUAAACAAUAUUUUCACUGAUCACCUCAUACUGUCACAUAUAUGACCAUACUUAAGGGAUCUUUGGCGUUUAUUUUUGUAUGGGAAUUUUCCCGGCUCUAAGUCGGUGGCUAUUUCGGUUUCGGAUUUCGGCUCUCAAAGAUUUUAUCAAGCAAAACAAAAACUAAUCAUCAAAAUAGCACUAUUUAUACAGAUAAUUCUAUAUUAAAAUCCUAAAUGAGUCACACUAUGAGGUAGAAGUCGGAAAUCAGGGUAGAGAAAAAUCACUAACCCAAGAACGAAGAUCAAAAGUAGUGUUACUUGCUUUCUCCAUCUGCACCUAGGGAAAUUUCCCAAUGUAACACGUCACAAAGACAGGGGUCUUUUGCACUGACCCACAUAGACUGAAAUUAUUUUCUUUAACGAUGGUAAUUUUCCCAGAAAAAAACAUUGCAAAAACAUGCUUUCAGUUGAGUUUUUCUGCACACGUAGGCAGAAAAAUUUGCUGUACAAAACUUCGCUCACAUGUAAACUUUUUGUUGUCGGGCAAUGAAAAACCACUCAAAGAAACAUUCCUUGUUUAAUUCACAAAAAAGAGAGAAAAAUUCCGUACCUCUUAAGAUAAAAUAUUUAGCCACUUCCCCAACUUUUAAGUCCGAGUUUUUAUCCCAAAUUUCUGAUACUAGUUCGUCGAAAAAAUGUUGCACACAAAAAUUUUAGGGCCCAGUCCGCCUUAAAGGUGAAUCGCUUCGUCCAUCAAUAAAGCGUUUAAGGGAGAGUUGUGAUAUUUGCGAAAUAUUUGAGUUACAACAGUUAUCCCGACUCAAAGGUAGUGGCUAAGUCAUUGUAAUACUGGCUAUCUUAUGGUUGGAAAUAAUGUGAUACAUACUGAAAAAACAUUGUGACUUCAUGAAAUUAAAUGCCCCUAUGAAUGGACCAACAGAAUCACGAAUUAAACUUUCAUCUAGAUACCGCGCUUGGAGGAAAGUGUAAUCAUAAAGAACUUGCGUAACUAUCUUAUAAGUCUGUACUGAAGAAACAAAUGUUUUCAUAACAAAAAAGUUUUAAACAUGUUAACUUCACCAAAACCUCACAGGACAAAUAUAUGGCUAGAUGACCAAAGUGGUUUUUAACGUUACGUCACGCAAAGUGCCACGCACCCAAUAACACAUUCAUUCAAAAUGCAUCCGUUUACGGAAAAAUCGUUAACUGAUUCAAAUUAUGAGCUUCUUUCAAAGACUUCUGCUGUUUUCCUUUAUUUUUGGAUCUAGAACGUGAUGAGUUUAGGUGAAAAGAUGCUUUGAGUUCGAAAAAAAAAACAGAUUAUUUUUGAGAGGAGAACAAUGUUACCGAUAACAUAUAAUUAUUUUCUUCCGUUAACAAACAUAUUUGAAAUUUAGACAUUUAUCGCAUUUUCAGAUUCGAUAUGGUAACCAAAAAUUUUAUUCGUCUGGGCUAAAAAUUCGCCUAAAGGCCGCUGUUAUUUUUACUGUUGCGGCUCAACAAUGGUGCAAAAGCCUUCGCUCAUACCAUGGAUGCACUUUAAGCAGUCCAAGAGCUAGAUGAAAGCAAAGAGGCCAAUAACCUCGGUAUCAGCUGUUUAUUAAUCGCGUUUUUUGAUUCUCUUCAUCUGAAUUGACUUCUGGGACCACAUGCGCGUCCGACUAGGUUGCCAAGUUGUUUUGAAAAUGGCGGCGUUCUUGGUCGAAUUCUCAGCACAAGGGUCAAGUUUCCCUUUGGAGGCCUAAAAACUAAUUCAUUGUACGUAUACUUUCAAGUACUAAGGUUAAAAAUUUCUAUGUACACUGUUGCAUACUUCUUGUUUAGACCGGCAUUCAAACGGCGACAGCUUCGUCUGAUAGGCCUCUGUGAAAAACCGAAUCUAUUUGGGUGUGCUGCUUCCGAAAUAAGUCACUGCCACUUCAUUUUAUCGCACAAAGUCACACUAGUCUGAAUUUGUGCGGUUUUUCGCGACUAUAUGUUCUGUCGUUCGCAUUAAGAUUCUCACAAAACUCUGCCAUGUCACACACAUACCAGGGGCGUAGUCAGGAUUUUUCAAAGACGGGGUCACAUUGUGUGUCAAACAGAGGGUACUCACCAGAUUGUCAUGUCGACCUCCACGCCGUGUUUUACUUACUGCAACGGAAAAAAGAGGCUUACCCGGGCUACGCCCUUGCACGCAAAGCAAAAGGUGGUUAGGUUUCCCAGCUUUCCCGCGUAAGUUGCGAAGCUCAACUUAUUCCCUCGCACCACCCCACCCCUCCCUCCUUCCCCCCAACCCUUACCAACCUGUCAUCAAAUUUACAUCAAAGGUGACAACUUUCAGAAGGUUUUUGCCAGCGUAUAUUAAAUUUUCUUUUUCCAGUCUUAAACUUUGCGAUUAUCAAAUAAAAGAGAAAAAGUAUGAAGAAAUACAUAAAUUGACUCAGGCCAGUUGCUCAGCAAUUGUGACAAUGAUAACUGCAGAGUUGGUUUUGAAAUGUUUCUACUUUUUUCUGUUACUUGCAGCAAAUAUGAAGAGGCAUGAGCAGGAGGAAGAUGAAAAGAAAAAGGAUUCACCCAGAGAAACAUCAGAAACAAAUAACAAAGAGCUACUGGUGAGGGAGUAAUUAGAUUGAUCAAUCUCAAAAAUUGACACAAUAGAGUUUAAUUAAGGAACAGAAAAUAUGGGACAAAUACAUCAGGAUUUCUAGUUGUUUAUGAGCUUUGUCGAUGGGAUAUGCGGUGAAUCCAUGGUUAGUACGUUAGCCUACCUGUAGCUAUACCCCCCCCUCCCUCCUAGGUGAAACGGUUCCCUCGCCUCCGUUUCACCUUGCAGGGGUAGGGUGCGGCUACACGUAGGCUAUUAGUGCGUUGGACUCCAGGUAGAGAUGUUCGGGCUCAUGCCCUGACCGAGAGCAGGCGGUUGUGUUGUUUUGUUGGGUAGGACACUAUUCUCACAGGUCCGCUCUCCGCCGCUAAGGAGUAUGAAUGGUUGUAAGAGAAUUCAGGAAAGCCUGACAAUUGUUUUUGUUGUUGUUGUUGUUGUUGUUGUUGUUGUUGUUGUUGUUGUUACUGUUGCUUUAUUCUUUGGGGGGGGGAGGGAUGGAGUAACACGCGAUGGACUGCCAUACCUUUCAGGGGGGAGGGGGUCAACAACAGAAUACUCAUGGUCGCUUCAUGCUUUUGGUACUGGGAUUAGCUUAGCCCAGAUCAGUCACAUGUAUUGACCCGGUCUCUGACUUUACCUUUCCCUGGGCUUUCCCCAGUUGUCUUGAGUCAUUGCUGGUGUUGAAAACUCUUUCCACUCUCAAGAGCCUACCGGCCGCUUAGAGAAAUUUUCCACAGUGUCGAAUAUAAUUUGGUGUUUCCUUAGUCGUGCUGUACUUUGCUCCUCAAUUGUACUUUCUCAACCAAUCAGAUUUAAAACUACAAUCAACCGCGACUUGGUCACCCGCGUUUUCCUGCGCACGAGACGGGCUGCUUGAGAUCUGACUGGCUUCCUGUGAUUUAUUCCUUUGAUUUGAUCGGCUGUUGUUGUUGAUUUGGUUUUCAUUGUACGGCACAUAGUCCAAAUACCCUAGUUUAUCCUGGUUUCUUUUCUGUGAAGCGACAGGAAGUCUCAUCCUGACCACCCCUAAUAAGCAAAAAAUUCGACUUCCAAUCCGAUUGAGGCAAAAAAAAUCUUUAACUUUGUAAUAGCAAUUUAAUGGUGCGCUUUUCGACUGAGUGUCGUAUAAUCAGAAGAAAGAAAAAUAGCCUGAGGGGCCAAUGAGAACUCAAAAUAAGCAAACUGCAUAAAGCGCGGGAAAACGAUGGCGACCAAGUCGUGAUUGGUGUUAGUUUUGUACCUGAUUGGAUGAGAGAGUGGUGCGAGUUUUCUGGACCAAUCACGAAGCAAAGCAAAACCAAAGCAAUACCAGAGUAUUUUGGACUCUCAGUAAAAGUUUCUCAAAAUACAUAUUAUGCUUUUUAUUCAGUCAUUAACUUACUUUUUCCAACUCUUUGUCUUUUCAGCAAGUGAUUGAAGACCAAAAGAGUUUGAUUAGUUUUUACUCUCUUCUAACGGGAAUUUCAAUGUCACGAGAGAACACUUGUGAAGAUACCAGCUCCUUUCACAGCUUCAAUUGCACUUUCUUUCCAGCUGAGAAAACAGCUCAUCGUAAGUGUAAUGUGUUAUGAACUUUGCUUUAAAUGGCCCCAGUAAAAGGUUUAGCCUCAGGGUGAAACACAUUUGCUGGUUUGCCUUUUUUGAAACACAUUUCUUCAUUCGAAAACACAAAACCAUGUUUUACCAACAAUUAAAGAAACUGUCUGUAGUGCUGCGUCUGUGGGAGAGUAUAACAGGGUAAUUUAGUAUUAUCAACGUUACUGAGUUGAUAACGUAAUUUUGCCACCGUAAAGAGUUUAAAAGCUGACGUUUCCAGCGUCAGCCCUUCGUGAUAGCGAUAGACGGAGGGCUAACGCUCGAAACGUCAGCCUUUUAACUCUACUGUGGCCAAUUUACGUUAUCAACUCGGUUGAUAAUACCAAAUUACCCUGUUUUACUAACAAUACAUGACUUGACGUAAGAUACGAAAUUUACUAUUAUAUAAUAAGCUGAAUUCAGGAUGUUUUUUUUGUUGAUCGAGGAAGUGUAGAUCGAAAAUGGCACUGACUUUUCGCUACUGUUACCUCACCGCCAGUCAAUCUUUUUUCAACACACGUUUAGAACAAGCGAGGUGUUUCUGAACAGAAAGUGACGUCACAUCUCACGUUCUUUUUCCUCUCGCUCCCAGUGUCCUCUAUCUUGUUCUCUCUAAUAAGCACGACAUUGGACCCGAGGUUGCUAUUAGCUCCCAAGCCCCUCCUUCUUUGAAAACUUAUAACUAGCGUCCGGAAGGAUAAGUCUUACCCUCUAAGUAAUUCAUUAAUUGCCUUAAAAUGUUCUUCCUGAUAAAAUUGUCCUUAUACUAAUCUCGUACGUAGAUCCUGCCGUGUACGUUAAUUGUAUUUGGCCGUGGAAGGUCUGGGUACGAGGCUAUUGUUAUAUACCAAAUGUGUUAGUAUGUUAUACACAUUCCAACCUUUUUCUUGUUUCCCACUGACAGGUUUGCAGUUUAGGCUGACUCACGACACAGAAUUUGAUGAGAUUGAAUACAGUCCUAACCCAAAGAGCCCUGGUUCCGAAGAUAUUCUGUUGAACUUGCCCAAUUAUCUCCAGGAUAAUAUGUUUUUCGGUUCUGAUCAGGCUACGAAUUUUCUGGAAAAAUUGUUUAAGACAGUUAAGGGGUAGCAGUAUAAUAGAACUUUAGUUAUUUACCAGUUUAGUAACCUGCAAGCAGGCCCUUCGUUUUAAGUGCUUCGGUUCGAGCGUUUCUUCGACCGCGGGAAAUUUUGGUGUACUCUCCCCAACUCAAUCGUCUCAAAUCUUUCCGCGGGCGCAAAAUUGCGCGUCCUGCAGCGCUUAUGAUUAGGGCUCUGGUCGCAGGCUACCAGUUUAGUAAGUUUAGAGUAGUUAUUAGGGUUUUUAAACUUUCUUUUGAUUUAUAAAAUUAAUCCAAGAAACUGUUCAUGUGAAGGAUCUGAGAGCAAAUCUUCCAAUCACUUUGGAACACUUUGGAACACUUUGGGGGGGGGUCGGUCAAUUGGAGGAUUUUAUUGUGUCACAGUAAAAUUUACCUGAUCCCCACCAGUGGCUCUGUAAUAUUCUAAUGAUACCCCCUCAUUGGUAGUCAAUUUUUUUCUUUAGUCUCGCCUCUAUACUCUGUUGUCGAGGACUGAUCUCCCCCCCCCCUUCGCACCCUCUGAAACCACGUUAUCCCUCCCCAGAAAAAAAAUCCUUCCUUCCCUUCCUUUGCCGCAACUGAUGACAGGCUUUUUGUUAUUUACCAGUUUAGGGUAGCUAUUAAGUUUUUAAACUGUCUUUUGUCCGAUGCGAGUGAUCCAGGAAACUGUUCUCAGUGCCGCAAAUUAAGAUUCUGACAGUAUGUAGAAUUUUCUUUCGUUUAGAGUAACACCUUCUUCCCUUUAUAGAGAUAGUACUUAGUAAGUAUACUUUGAGGGAGAAGUUAGCAAAAUUUUAGGAUUUUCAUUUUCUUCAAAACUUGAAUUAUUUUCUUUACAAAACGAUCUCAGUAACUUGAUAUCGAUUUCAUUUUUGCAAUGCUGGAAACUUAGUUAGCCUCUUACGGGCACACGUGGCAUUCUUCUGACUUUUUCGAUACUUAAAAUAUUCGAUUCUUUACCUCUCAGUUGCAUAUGUUUUAUUUUUAAGCGAUCGUUUUUUUGGUAGUUGUUAUAGCUUUUUUUAACUUUACAAAUAUUUUAAUGAAAUUGUAGAGUUGAUAUCUCCAUAGUCAGUCAAAUCUGGUCAGUUAAUAAUCCGAGUAAUCAUAAUCCAGCCCGCUCUCCUCCUUUUCUUUUGCUCUUUGCAUGUCUCACUGGUGGAAGAGUGAGACUCCUGUAGCCACCAGGUCCGUUUUGUUUGUAUUUGUUUCUUUAUUUUUUGUUGUAUUUAACGUUCAAUUGGAACCAAGUAUGCUCUGUAUGAAAAUAUGUGCUAUUUAAAAUGGGUACUAUAAUCACUUUACCUGGCAGUAUGGCCAUUUAGCUGGCCAAAAUGGUGACUUUGAGGAUUGCUUAAUUGUUCAGACUGUUUUGUGAUUUUAUUCAUUUUUUUUUCGUUCUCAAUGCUUUUCAAAUUGAGGAUAAUAGUAGUACAGUUGAUGUUCUUAGGCUUAAAUUUGUUUUGGGGUCUUUUCUUCUGGGUUGGGCCUCAUACACUCUAAUACCCGCGAACAUAAAACUCAAAUGUUUUAUUACCACGAAUGAAACAAACUUCUACAACAAUACUAUUUUGAAAAUCACUGCAGCAUCACUGCAUUGGAGAUUUUUUAACUCAUUUACCUUAACCACGGUAUAUAAUUAAAUAAACUGGUAUAUUUUGAUUAUAGUGGGAGUGCCUGUUCCACACGCCUUGUUUCGCAUCUCUUUCAUAAUCCGCUUACCCUUGCCCUGUAGGCCUACAACUGCUUACAAAUGGGCUUAGGAUGUUUCAAAAGGAAUCAUAGACAAUUGGUGCAAUUUUUUUCUGAGAUAUGUAAAAUGACGUUCGAAAAUGAAAAUUGAGUUUUGUCUUCCCCUCGUGACUAAAGUUUCCUCGAAUAUUUUUUCCUAUCAAGCUGUAAGUAGCGAAAAAUUAUACAAAAUAGUAAACGUUUGUGCCUAUCGAUGCAUGUUCUGUAUCAACCAAGAAAAUUUUUCUACUCUCAUGUUACUUUUCCCAAAAAUUUUAAUACUUUUUUGCCCUCCGGGUCAGUUUUUUUCAUCCGUCAAUUAAGGCAGCUUGAAGCGAAUUAUUUUUAUUUUCAAUAUUGGCCAGAGUUUCUUUUAAUUUUUGAAUUAUGCUUUGAUCGAUUAAAAUUUUAGGUUGAUAUUGGGUUUUUAUCUCAGCUUCCUCAAGUCAUAGAAAAUUGAACAUAUAUAAAAGCCAAGGAAAAUUGAUGAAAUCAUGACUCUCAUGCUGUACAUCGUUUUUAAUUUUUCCACACCAGCGGUGCGUCAGACAGUUUUAAUUAAUAUUGGAAGGAUUGUUUGAAUAUUCCUGUUUCUAUAAAGCCUUCCCUAACCUUGCAAUUCCCUUUGGCAACUCGAAAACAUUAAUCAAAGUCUAAAGCGUUGUUUCUUACAAAUCAUCGACGAUCGAUCGACGGAUAAUCGCGCACAACUAUUAAUAAUUUAUUAAUCUUAUAUUUUGAGCAUAAACACCAAGAUGGCGGCUGGUGUUUUGGCGACGUCAGUGAAUUAUUCUUCUUCACAGUCGUCGGCUGCUCCUUUAAACCGAUCCCAAAUUGGAGGUUAUGAUGCAGAUUUUGUAAGCCCCAUAUCUGCUGAUUACUUAUGUCCUAUCUGUCAGCUUGCUUUUCGUGAUCCUGUUCAAACCAGAGACUGCGGCCAUCGAUUCUGCGAGUCUUGUUUGGAACCAAUUUUACGGUAAGUAAUGAGGGAAUGUCUUUCUGUUCUGAAACAAGAGAGUUGUUCCUCAAAAUCCAUUUAAUUUCUGUUACAGAAAACCUCCAGCGUUUUGCCCGAUCGAUCGAAGAACUUUAACAAGGGAAAAGGUAAGAGAUGUUAGCUCAUCUCGUAGAAAAUAUUUUAUUUUAUAAUUCAAAUCUGGCAAGGCAAGGACGAGUCGUUCCUCUGUUAAACAUAUGUUUGUAAUCGAAGCUAUGGUAUGUAAUCUAUAAAAUAUCCACAGUUUUUCUCCUUUCUCUACACUUUGGCCUCAUAGUAAGGAAAAAGUAAAGGACUCAAAAGGUUUGUUUUACGGAAGAAAAAUCUUAAAAUCACGGCUCUUUUAUUCAAUGUGUCUAAGAUCAGGGCGAUCUUGAAUCCACAGCGUCGAAUUUCCGACGCUCAAUAACGCUCAUAUUUUGUUAAGGAUGAUAUAUGUUUAGGGGCACUGAAAGGCAGUAAACGAGGUUCCUAUUUCCCAUUAUUAUUGGACUUUUUGACGCUUAAGGAUCGAAUUUUAAAUCCCAAAUUGCUUCUUGUGAUCGUUUUAAUAAAUUUCCACCUUCUAGUAUCAGUGUAAUAGAUAUGAUAACCCUACAGGCCUAUGUUUAAGGUCUGCGAUCUUUCAUUAGUGGAACGUACUUGCACUGAUAAACAAGAACAAAAGUAUUUCCGAGGUCACAUAAGUGAUUACAAAUGAUUACAGUAAAGGCUGUAGGAGAUAGAUCAUUGAAGCACAAAAUUUUAACCGCAUAGUUUUAAUUUGAAUUUUCCUUUUCGCGUGACUGAAUUAACAUAAUUUCUGAGUGAAAAAUUAGCCUUUGUGGUCUACCUCGCCGUCGUCUCAUCUCAUAAUUGCUUUAACAAUACAAUUUCCUUUUUAAUUUUUCUUUUGCCUCAUUAUUCUGUGGCAUUGAGAGCCAAAUCAAACAAUGUAAUCUUUUAUUUGCUCAAAAGCGUUGCGAAAGAAAGUAAGAGGUCAUAGAUAUGACGUGAAACUUCUUAAUCUUAACGAAUUUUAACCCGACAAAGACUGUUCUAUCUUUCAUUCACUGUAUUGUUUCGGGUUAAGCAAAGUCAGGAUGAUUUAUUUCUAUACAUUUUUGAUUUUUCUCAAUGCAAGUAGAUCUUUAAUUUUUCGUGUUUCAUGUUUCUCGUUAGGGGUAAUAUUGAUUUCAGAGAUGUCCAAGUGUGUUAAUUAGUUAAUCGAAGCACAACUUACAGUUAGGCUGCAGGAAUUCUGGCAAAAUGACAGUUUUAAAUGUAAAGAUUGCCCUUUUUAAAUUUUUCAGAAAUAAAAUGAUUUUCAAUCAUAUAGCCAAAAAACAGGGAAAUUUAUGAAACUCAUAAUUGUAAUUAUUAUCUUUUUUUUAAAUUUGCUUUGAACUUUUGGUCAAUUUGUCAGCCUAUAGGAUAGAUUCUGCUAUCAUCAGAACGUUCUGAUUUUUUAACAAACUGCUUUCGGUCUCUCAAUACCUCAUUCAAUAUGGACCCUUAUCAUCUUUAUCUAGCAGUGUCUCCAAGCAGUUGGUGUCUCCUGGGUCAUUCCCUUGGGGAUUUUCACAAAAUUAUUGUCCAUCUGUCUCUGCUGUGGCACCAACUCCUCACACUGCCAAAGACAUUACUGACCACACCCAUCCUAGGUCCAAGGAUCUCUCUUCUUUCCCUGCUGGGGAUGAGAGAGUAACUAGACCACACUUUGAUGGAAUCUUUUUUCUUUACAUGGUCUUUGUUCACCUUUUCUCCCUUCUACUCACUCCCAUUUAACCCUUUAUCUCCCAUGAAUUUUUAAUUGAUCUAAUACCAAAUUCUUGUAACCAACAUCAAAAGGAUUGUAUAACAGAUGGUAAAGAGCAUUACUACUGAGAUCUUGUUAAAAAUCUUAACCUUGGUUAAUUAUUUCUUCAUUAUUAUUUUUUAUAAACCUUAUCAGUUUUGUAGUAAGCACGCAGAAAGAAUUGUGUUGAAGACUUCGGUGGUAACUUCAUCAUGAAAGCCUAAGUAAGGCAAAGUCUAAGGUUUAGGCCCAAAGAAAAAUAUUUUCGAACUCUCAAGGAAGUGCAUUGUUGGACAGUGCCUUCAGUUCUGAAGAAUGAUUUUGAUUGUAAGAAAGACAUUGUACUCAUUCUAACAGCAUUUUUUCAUCUGCUUGUAAUUAGAAUAGAAAAAGCCAGAAUAUCUCUUUAUACCAUGGAGCUAUGUUUUUUAUAAUAAUAUUGUAACUAUGUGAAACCCAUCUCUUUAGUUUUAAAUCAUUUCUCUGAUAAAUGUAUAUAAACAUUAUAGAUAUAGUUAGAGCAUUCUUGGCUCCUGUUGAUUGCAAGGAUGCUCUGUAAUUUCUCCAAAUAGACCACCCUUAAAGAUACAGAUGUACACGUGGAGCUUGUCUGAUAUGCAUUUUUUUGAUAGCAGUGUCUACCUACCCAUUGGCAUGGCACUCAAAGAUUCUUCAACCAUUUUUACCGAUCAGUUCCACCAUGUGUUAGUAAAUCUCAUGCCUGGGUGAAUAGUUUGAGGAUUGCCUUUAUGGAACAGACAGAGCCCAGUCAGUGACUUAGCUUGACCUUUUCACAUGUCUAAUAUUUCCCAUUUGUCACACAAAUGUUGCAGAACUAAUGAGUUGAUAGGUAAAUUUUGUGGGGAAACUAGCUUUUAUCAAUAUUAAGCAAAGGGUUAAAGGAUACAUUUGGUUAAGAUCUAAAGGGAGAGUCUAUCCUCUGUAUUCCUAGUGUAAGAGAUGGGGAAAAAAAAAAGUCACUGGCCACCUUUAGAUUAUUUCUCGAAGAUUUGUAGCACCUUUCAUAUGCCAUUUUCAGAACAAUGACUUGGCACUUAUGCUUGACUUUGGGCAUGGAAUAACACAUUCAUUUGUGUUUAGUCUGCUACCUCUCAUUUACACAUACUUAUCAUGAUGUUAGCUUUUCAAAACAUCCCUUGAUUAGGUAACGCAUUUUUUCUACCCUGUUAUUUCACUCUCUACCUGAAGUUUCCAGUCUUUAUUCAUUCAGGUAGUAGUGUAUAAAUAGAUGAGCUGUAUGUGGUGUGUUUAUGACUUUGGCAACAUGCCUUAAAUUUCCAGUUGUUGUUUUGUUUGAUAACAGCUCCAAUUCUGCAAAGCAAAUAGAUAAGAUUGCUUCUCAUCAGUUGUUACCCCAUGCACUGAAAAUAAUCUGUGAUAUUAGAAUAAUAUCUAUAACAUAUGGUUUAUACUGGUGACAUGUAUUAUUAAGCUUUUAAUUACUUUUUCUUGUGAACACUGAAAUCUGACAGUAUUACUUAACUCAGAGUUUUCUUCUUGUAUCAAAAGCUGCUCUUUGAAACCUUUGGCAUGGCAAUGAUAUCAACUCUAAACUGUUUUCCUUGAAUUUCUUUGGUCAAGGUCAAGAUUUUUUUAUCUUACAUUUGAUCAAACAGUUGGUAAACCAAUCUCUAAGAAUUUUGGUGUCUAGUAAUUGAGAUAACACCAGUGGUCGUCAAUUAAUUCUCAGUCAGUCUCUCAUUUAUUUCCUUUAACAACAGUUUUUUGUGUCACAGCAUGACUGUGAUAAACUGUGAUUAACUGUGAUGAACUGUGAUUAGUCUAAUCCUCAACUAUAUUUUUAAUUCCCUUGAAAGAUGUGCAUAUGGUACUCUGUUUUUAAAGUCCUUGAAAGUCGCAGCAAGGUUGAUGUUUGUUCUGUGUCUCUCUUUUAAAAAAAUUCACUCUCAGACGUAAUUAGAGGACAGAUUGUGUCUGGUUUAUAUUGAAAGGUAUAAAAUAACAUUUUAGAGACAUGUUUGUUUUGCCUGAAGCGUGACCUAAAAAGUUCUUGAUUCUAAAUUGUGAAGAGUGAUUUUUUUAGCUCUGGCAGGUGUCUCAAGGAGCUUGAUGAACGACAGGUAAACCUUUCAUCAGUUAUUGGCAGAAGUGACCUGUAUGUUUGAGAAGUAUGGCCUUCUUUUUGCUUGGACUCUCAAGCCUAAGAGGAAGCUCUUUUGAAUCAAUCUUUGAAGCUAAUGAUGUAUAAAUGAUAUUUGAACCUGCCCUUUCUAAAUUCGCACAGAUCAGACAUCUGUUUGUAGACAACACUUGUAGAAAUAAGUUUUGCUUGCACUCAUGAUGAAUUUUGACUUGGAUAACAUUUUUGUUAAUCUUAAAUAUAAAACAUAUGUGGCAGUCAUUUGAUUUUCAUUUCAACUCAUACUCAUUCUACUCAGCUCAGCCUAUUUCAAAGUUUAUGGAUAUAUCUUCAGCUCAUCAUUCUUAGCAGUUCUUUCCUUUGUCAAUAAUUGAUAUACACUCUAUUUGACUUACUGGCAAUUCCUUCUCAUGUCUGUGCAAGUUAGGAUGUUAAAUUAGACAUACUCCAUGUACAAGGUCUUAUUUCUUCAUGUAGAAACACAAUCUCUUAGGAGCUAAGCUAGGUUUUGCAGAGAAUUAUUCUCGAUGUCUGUAGUUAAAAAAGAAAUGAUAUUGUUUUCAAUUUGAUGCACAGUGAUUGGAAUAGUGUGUUUUGACUAAAACUAAGCAAUGUAAUUGAGACCAAACAAAAACAACAAUUUUUUUUAAUCUUGGUUGCACCUGAAUGAUAAUUCAGAACCUUUCAAAUCCAUUAUAAGCUGUUGGUAGAUUAUGCAUAACUGUUUCUAUAACAAAUACUAUCCAAUAUAUUCUGUUAUAGAUACACAGAAGGCUUUACGUUUGUGAAAGCAAAACUUGAAAUAUUUGAAUCUAUCAUUUGAUGUUUAUAUAUUGGGAAUAUUGGAUGGGAUUUUUCCAUAUACAGCAACAUACAGCAUUCUGUUAUUAGCAAGCUGUUAAUUGAAAAGCCCCCUUUUACAACAAUUUGAAUAUGUUGUAUAUACAUAUGUGUAUAUAUAUAUAUAUAUAUAUAUAUAUAUAUAUAUACACAUUUAUAUAUAUAUAUAUUGUAUAUACCUUGAUUUCAUAUUUUAGGUUUACCCUGAUAGAGCAUGUAAAAGAACAGUGUUGUCAUUAACAGUAAAAUUUUAAAACAUAUGUGGCAGUCAUUUGAUUUUCAUUUCAACUCAUACUCAUUCUACUCAGCUCAGCCUAUUUCAAAGUUUAUGGAUAUAUCUUCAGCUCAUCAUUCUUAACAGUUCUUUCCUUUGUCAAUAAUUGAUAUACACUCUAUUUGACUUACUGGCAAUUCCUUCUCAUGCCUGUGCAAGUUAGGAUGUUAAAUUAGACAUACUCCAUGUACAAGGUCUUAUUUCUUCAUGUAGAAACACAAUCUCUUAGGAGCUAAGCUAGGUUUUGCAGAGAAUUAUUCUCGAAGUCUGUAGUUAAAAAAGAAAUGAUAUUGUUUUCAAUUUGAUGCACAGUGAUUGGAAUAGUGUGUUUUGACUAAAACUAAGCAAUGUAAUUGAGACCAAACAAAAACAACAUUUUUUUUUAAUCUUGGUAGCACCUGAAUGAUAAUUCAGAACCUUUCAAAUCCAUUAUAAGAUGUUGGUAGAUUAUGCAUAACUGUCUCUAUAACAAAUACUAUCCAAUAUAUUCUGUUAUAGAUACACAGAAGGCUUUACGCUUGUGAAAGCAAAACUUGAAAUAUUUGAAUCUAUCAUUUGAUGUUUAUAUAUUGGGAAUAUUGGAUGGGAUUUUUCCAUAUACAGCAACAUACAGCAUUCUGUUAUUAGCAAGCUGUUAAUUGAAAAGCCCCCUUUUACAACAAUUUGAAUAUGUUGUAUAUACUCACUUUGAUUUCAUAUUUCAGGUUUACCCUGAUAGAGCAUGUAAAAGAACAGUGUUGUCAUUAACAGUAAAAUGUUACAACAGCGGCAACGAAUGUGACUGGACAGGAGAACUUAUAAACCUUUCUGUAAGUAUAAGACACUUAAUAAUCUCCUCAGUUUUCUGAAAUGCUCAAAGAAUCUCAAAAUGUAUUUGCAGUUCAGUACCUUGACUCUAAAGCACCCUUAAUCGCAAUUCUGUUCUUGAUCAAAGCAGCAGUUUCGUGAACCCUUUACAUUGACAUCAGUAUGCAUAUUCUCCAUACGGUUCUUUGUAUAUUUCCAAAGGUGCCUACAAUGAGGAUUUUUUUAACAAUCAAGAUCCUCUUUUGUAAGUGAUCAUUUCCUUUAUUCUCCUGAGCUUAAUGUGUGAUACAGGAGUGACGCUGUAAAGAGAAAUUAUAAGUGAGUCACUUGUAGAGGUCAAAGGGUAGUUUUAAAAAGUUGGUGAGUAGUUUUGAAGGCCUGGAGUGUUUAUCUGCUAAAUCAUGAUUUUUUUUUUUCCUGUUCAGAAUCACUUGGAAAACUGCAAACGAGUUCCAAUAAAGUGUAUAAACAACUGUGGAAGAACAGAUAUACCAAGAGACCAGGUGUUUUUUAAAUUUUGAUUGAAUCAUAUGUAGUAGUAUUAGACUAAGUACAAAAUGUAAUCCAACACAUAUUUUUUCAAAAAAUCACCAUUGUUAUGUUUAUUAAUGACUGGAAAUAGAUUUGCAACACUUGAAUCUCUUUAACAUCAUUUGAAUUAAGUUUUAAGAAUGAGGUACUGUGUAUUGAUUGGAUUAAAAGCCUGACCUUGAAUGAGUGCCUAUCCCAUGGGCAAAGGUGAAAAAGGUAAAGCCUGAACUCAAGCUAAGAAGUUCAUCCAGCUGGAGCUUAUUCUGGUUUCCCUAUCAUGAAGCAAUUAUGAAUAUGGCUAUUUCCCCCCUUGGAUGGGACGUUAGUUCAAAGCAACCCUGUAGGUAUGAAAAUUUUUUUCAGGGCUUAGCCUUAAGCCUUGUUCUGCUUGCUUCUUCUUUCAACAGAUGUCAGCCCAUGUAGAUGCAGAUGGGGACUGCCCAUUGGCUGUUGUACCAUGUCAGUAUACUGACAUUGGAUGCAAAUUUAAGGUGGGAUUGCAUUGGGGUGUUAAAACCAUAUCAGCAUCUGUCUUGGAGUCUUAUUUACAUAAUUUGCUUUUGCUUUAACAGUAUGACAGAGUUCUUAAGUUUAUUUUCUGGGAAAGUGUGUGAUUUUGAACCACAAAGCCAUUGAUUGUGAUGCUGUGGACAUUAACUUUCCAGGGGGAGGGGGUGUGGAGGGUAUGGGGGCAUACUCCCCGGCAGAUUUUGAAAAAAAAGAAAUAGCUUAAAUGUGUAGUACUCUAUCCUGAGCAUUUGUGGAUAUUCCAUGUUACCACUGUGUGUUCAGCAUGUGGAACAGGUCUUUAGUGCACUGACUGGUGCAUCUUUGUUGUGACUUUGCACAGAAUUCCUGUUGGAAAGAGUUUGAAGGCAGUACAUGGACAUUAAGUAAUGAAUUGUAUUUAGAAAAAUAAUUAUUUAAUUUAUUGAUAUUUAACUUAAGGAGCAGCUUGCUAUCUCAAAAUCAUUAUAGUCUUGUAAUGUAAUGGUAUGUGCACACCAUAAGGAAACGUGGGUAGUUCAGAGGGUUGACUCCUCGUCUCCAGGUUUGCUUUGAAUCACUAGUCUGCUCAACAAUUUUUGUUAAACUGAGAUAUUCUCAUUGAUAUGCUGGUAAACAUGUUCUCAGGGUCGACGUAAUGAGAUGGACAAACAUGUGCAAGACAAUAUGCAAGUUCACUUAGAUCUGGCACAUCUAAGAAUAAGAGAACUUGAACAAAGACAGGAGUUUGUGUGCACAAACGGAAAGUUCCUGUGGAAAAUUUCUAGCUACUCGCAAUUAUUUCAGCAGUCAGCCACCAAGAAAGAAAAGGAGAAACUGUGUAGUCCGCCAUUUUACACUGGACAGUAUGGUUACAAGCUGCGUGCAGAGGCUUUUUUAAAUGGCUUGGGACAAGGAAAAGGAACGCAUCUUUCUCUAUAUGUUGUUAUUAUGAAAGGAGAGUAUGAUGCAAUACUACCAUGGCCUUUUCAGCAGCGGGUGGAUUUUGUCCUCAUUGAUCAAGAUGACGAUGUUGGUGCACGGCAAAAUAAAGUAUGGAGGCUUACUUGCGACAGAGACAGUGAUUACUUUAAGAGGCCAAACAAGGUUAAGAGUCUUGGAUUUGGUUGCCCUAAGUUCGUUUCUCUGGAUACUCUCAGAACUAGAAACUACAUUCGAGAUAACACAAUUUUUAUACGAAUCGAUGUGGAGCCUUUGGAUGCAUCUUGAAAUUAUUACAAUAAUUAAAUUCUCUCUCAUUGCAUAGACUGGAUUCUGUGCAAUCUGUAAUCAUUUGAAAAGCCAUGUUUUAUCAGUUAGAAGAUGACGCCCAAUAGUUAUGCAUAUAAAGCUAAGUAAUUACAAAUUCUAUGACGAGUUCCAAGGCAUCUUAUCGCUUUAAGACACACCUCUUAUUUGUCUUUGAGAAUUUUAUGAAACGAUCAUCUAAACCCACGAGUGGUAAGGGAUGGCAGUAACUCUCAAAUAGAUAAGAGAGGGGACUUUGGCCCGUCAAAAACUCUUAAAGGUACCUCCCCCCUUUCUCUGGACAUUUGUUUCGAGAAAUCUUAGCAGUUUAAUUCUUUGUCUCAUGAAUAGUGGCCCCAGUAGAUACUUAGUCAUCAAACUUUUGUCAACUGCUAGUAGUAAGUAUGGUCUUUGAAGAAUCAGCGGAAAAGAUAUAAUUUACAAAAAAUAUAAUCAUAACAGUACGGUUUGCAGUUUGCAUCUUAAAAUAGCAAAGCUAAUUAGAAAAAGUUGGAGAUUUCUUCCUGGAGACCUGCAAAAAUAAUUUGAAUAUGUCUUCGAAAUAGUGAAGAAGAAACUUGCUUUUCGAUGAUGUUACAGGUGAUUUAUCAUUUUCUCAUGAGUAAACGAAAUUUUUCAAAUCAUAGGUAGAUUAUCCUACUCGGCGAAGAGAUAUUUCUUGAGAGGUAUGGUAUUUUUUAUCGAAGCAGAGACAACGUUACUUUUUCAUGUUAGGGGUGACCUUGGUGAGGGAUCCUUGAUCAACACUGUAAAAAGACUUCUGCAAGAAGAAUAGAAUAAUAAGCCUUACCGCCUACUUUACUGAAUGUCAACGGUAGACUUCUAGUUUCUCAAUAGUUCAUAUGAAGAAAUAUAUGCAUGCAGGUCAGGAGAAUGAAACACCUGAGCACGAAAAGAUAUUCUUCUGGUACUAAAUUACAUUCUCUUAACUAACAUAUUGUAAGCAAUACAUGCAUGUAUGUAGAUUAGAGGAAUUAGAUUCAAUUGUUGGAAAUAUUAGCUAGUAAUGUAGAUGAAAUAGCACAUUCUCUUUUUGUUUAGAUUUUUCAUGCAACACGAAGGAGAAAGAGUGAGUGAUGUAAUUUGGGGAGAUCGCAAAAAUUCUUGCCUAAAGGAACACCUGAAGGCAUAUAUAUAUAUAUAUAAAUGAAGUGAAAUUAUUUUAAGCCGUCUUGAAAUUAUGAAUUUUAUUGUUUACAGUUUAUUUUUCCUUAUUCAGAGAGAUGUUUAUUACGGCAUAAUUAUAUUAAACUCAUUUUAACGUCGUUGCAUUCCAUAAGUAUCCUUGCAUGAGAAGGCGAGAGUCGGGAUUGCGAGUUUGCAGGGAGGUCUGGGGCAAACCUUCCCGACCUCGAGGGAUAAUCUGUGGUGAACCGAAUUUUUGUCAUUUCCUUUUUUUAUCCGUCUUACGUAGAAUACUUUCCUCGCGAAAGGCUCCGCGGUCCCUACAGGACCACUUUUAGGGACUUAUCAUUAUACCAGGGCUCGCGGGAUGUUGGGAGAACGCGAGAUGUCAAACCGGAGGUCUAAACGCGUCUCGCGACCGGUGCAAUAACUCCCGC